UGAUGUCACUUUUGCAAUUAGUUCCAAUUCCAAAAAAUGUACACAACUUCAGCGAGCGACUUUUUUACUCCCAGCGUUUUUCCAUUUUAAUUGUAUUAAAUCCCACUGAAAGCUUAUUUCAUAUCGUUAAAUUGAUUGGUUUUGUCUGAUUUUAAUUUAUUUGUUCGUAAACCGUUUUAUAAGUGCUUUUGGAAUCAUGUCUCGAUACAAUCAGUCAAAUCACAGCAGCUACGCUCAGACAUAUAAACUUGUUGUAGUAGGAGGAGGAGGAGUUGGAAAAUCAGCAAUUACUAUACAGUUUAUACAGAGUUAUUUUGUCCAUGAUUAUGAUCCAACUAUUGAAGACUCAUACAACAAACAAUGUGUUAUCGAUGAUAUUCCUGCCAAACUCGAUAUUUUGGAUACUGCUGGACAGGAAGAAUUCAGUGCAAUGCGUGAACAGUACAUGAGAUCUGGCGAAGGGUUUCUAUUGGUUUUCGCCGUGACGGAUCAUGCAAGUUUCGAUGAAAUUUACAAAUUUCACAAGCAAAUACUGCGCGUAAAAGAUCGUGACGAAUUUCCAAUGUUGAUGGUUGGAAAUAAAUCAGACUUGGAUCACCAGAGAGUUGUUUCACUGGAAGAAGCUCAGCAACUGAGCAGGCAACUGAAGAUUCCGUACAUUGAAUGCAGUGCUAAACUACGAAUCAAUGUUGAUCAGGCUUUUCACGAACUAGUCCGUGUAGUUAGAAAGUUUCAACUAUCAGAAAGACCGCUUAUAGAUGAGAAGAAAAAACGGAAGGGCAGUAAGAAAAAGUGUUGUAUUCUCUAAUGGACGAACACGCGUUUAAAUGCAAAUCUGCCUUCCGUUAACUAGGCAUAGAAACAAGCAUCGCAGAUCCGAAUUGCUAAAACCAAACAAAACGCACACUAUGGUCAACGCAUGGCAAAGCACUGUUCUAAACAGUUUUUGAAACAACUUUGGAAAGUCAUGUCUGAGUAAAAACUGCCGUACUAAUAAUUUAUAGAAGAGCUUAGAGAAGAUUGUGGAUGGUUCAAACUGUGGCACGGGAUUAUUUUAAACGAUCAAACUAUAUCAAAAACCUAAUAUCCUCAAUUUACUGAUUUUUAUUAACUUUAUUAACUGUGCCAUAUGUUUGCAAUUAUUGGAUUUUAUCAUAGUCGAAAUAGAGAGUAUACAAAUGUGCCUAACCGAUAUUAAAUGUAUCAAAAACGUGUGAACUUGUUCAGGAAUAACAUCCCAGUGUAGCAGAUGGUCGAGAAAGCAUUUCCAGCAUUGUUCUAUUAACAGAAAAAACUUAUAAAUAUUUUUAUCAGAAUAACUAUGAAAUUUUUUGUUCUCCACUGAAUGUAAGAACAAUAGAUAUCAUGAUGAUAGUACGACUAGAAAGUAUACAAUGUUAUCAAGAAUAAUCGCAGAAAAUUAUAUUUACUAAAUAUAUGCAAAUUAUUAUAAUAUAUAGAAAUGGAUGUUACAUUGUGUUUUAUAGAAUAAGCUCGAAAAAUAAUCACUACAGUACACCUGAGUUGUUAACGUUAUCGGUAAUGAAGUUUCAACAUAAAUGCAAUGUAACGCCAUCAUUAACCAAAAUAACUAGCUUUAAAUGUGCUUACAAUUAUUGUCAACAGGUAAUUAUGUGAGUGUUUUGUUUUUUUUUUCUGUACUAUUGGCAACACCAAGAUUCAAGUUUUAAGAACGGUGCUAAACUAAAUUCACGUUUCAAUUUCAAAUAAUAAAAAAAAGAAAACGCAUACAAUAAAAUUAACAAACGUCUGAUCGAAGCAUUAACGAAAAUAUAUAUAUAUUUAAACGUUGACAAACUA